GCCAUAUUUAAGCCUCGAGAGUGCGCAAAGCCAUCUAACCAAACAAAGCCCGGUGGUUUGGUCUGUCACAUCACUUCAACACCAUCCUUUAAGUCAUUUGCCAAGGUUGUCUCCAAAGCAGCCAAAAUUCCCCGCCGGAGGCCUUCUGACCUGGCCACUUGGGGCCUGCGCCGCUUUUUUCUCUGCCAUUAGUUCAUCGAUGCCAAGCUCUUGAUAUUAUUACCUUAGCUGAAAUCAAUCCAGGUUCUGCCAAAUACGGUGGUAUUGCGCAAAACGAAACAGCAUUAUGGCCGCGCUGUCUGCGCGGCUAGGCAAGCUAGCGCCAGCGGCGCGUGCUGGGCUCACUAGCUGUGUUGUCAUGAGCGCGGGCGACGUCAUCUGCCAAAGUCUUCAGCGGCGUGGCAAGAAUACGCCGUAUGACUGGAACCGCACAGCCCGAUUUGGGCUGAUUGGCCUAACACUGCAUGGACCUUACUUCCUGUGGGGCUUCCGUAUGAUCGACGAGCGGUUCGGACCAGCGAAGAACUUGGGCACGGCCAUCCGAAAGACUGCAUUCGGGCAAGUCACGCUGUUCCCCUGCUAUCUCGCUGCCUUCUUCACCUAUAUCACCAUGCUGGAGACGGGCGGGAACUUCACGGCGGCAACGGACAAGCUCAGAAAUGGCUUUGCACAGGCCUACGCUGUCGGCACGCUCUUCUGGCCGGUCGCGAACGUCAUCAACUUCAUGUUCGUGCCGCCGACCUCUCGUGUCCUCUACGUCAACGGUGCGGGGCUCGUCUGGAACGCGAUGCUGAGCGCCUUCAACGCCGGCGCCGCACAAGCCGCCACGAUACCUGAGCAGCCCAUGCAGCUCAAGCAGUAGGGGGAGCAGCAGCAAUCGCAGUUGAACCAACGCCAUCGUGGUGAGCAAAACGGAUACAGGAGUGCCCCCUGAGCUGAUCGGGUAUGCGUGCGGCAGUACGCGUGUUUUGCCUAUGAGGAAGACCUAUCUACUGAGUGCGAGUUGCGCGUGUGAGCUGGGCUUGCUGUCGGGAAGAGAGUACGCAUUGUUUGUUGCGAGGCUGUGAAGGCUCGUAUUUACCGUAUAGGAUGCGACAGCCGGUGAGAUAAAAUGAGUGCAAGGGUAACUCUUCUGGUUUUGCAGCGCAUGUGUGCAGGAUGGAAACUCGCCCUGUGUGGCUGUUAUCGACUGAAUAAGUGCUUGAGUGAUCGGCGGUUAUUGACAAGCGCUUGACAUUGGGAGCCGUGUUCGGAGCAGUUCGGAGUGCAAGGGUCACGAACUUUCCUUGGCUCAAGGGGAAAGAAAAGGGUCCCGGCGCCAUGGUUACUGCAACUACAGGAUAUGUGGAGAGCAUUGAAGAGUGGUGGUUACGUACGCAUGGGAAUGCCAAAGCGCGUGGACCGGCGGCCAGCGAGGAUGGCCCCGUCGGGGGAAUUUCGCGUGGUGUGUGCCGAGCGGUUUGGUGGUAUGCGCAGGCGAAGCUCUCAGGCAAUACCUGUACAUGCAUUUCCGUGUUUUGCUACGCCUGCGGAUACA